GUGUGUUUCUUUAAAAGCAACAAUGCGGAAAAGAGAUUCAAAAAAGUAGCCCCGGGUGUUUAGCUGAACGCUUCCUGCAAAUCCACUGUCUAGAAAGGUGAGGGGGGAUUAAUGCCAGCCAUUGCGCUCUUGGACAGCGGCAGUUAAUUCUGGCUCGGGAAGUAAUAACGUGUUGAUCUACCUGUUCGGACUAGUCUGAGGCACCUACUUUCCUGUAGGUUGCAGGAAUCGCAUACUAAUUUCCAUACGCUACUCUCACAAAGCUGACUUGUCAGUGAUUUGGUGUCCCCCUCCCCCAAAUCCUCCUUUCAUAACCUGCCAGCAUAGGUGAGGCGACCACGGCAAGGCGGGUCUGUUUCAUAGUACUGUAAUUAACUUCGUGUGGAAGUACUGAACUUUUCAGUAAUGGCAGGGGAAAAGAUUAGGAACCAAAAGGCUCUGAAAGAAAUGAUUAAGAAGGAUGGAAAUAAUAUAUGUGCAGAUUGCCAAGCUCCAGAUCCUGACUGGGCUUCACAUACUCUGGGAACAUUCAUAUGUCUUAACUGUUCAGGAAUUCACCGCAACAUUCCAGAAAUUAGCAAAGUAAAAUCCACUGUAAUGGAUCAUUGGGAUGACUCGCAGGUAGAGUUCAUGGCUGAGCAUGGUAAUCAAAAAGUAAAUGCCAAAUAUGAAGCAUUCAUACCUGUUUAUUACUAUAGGCCAACUUUCCAGGACUGCCAGGUUCUUCGAGAGCAGUGGGUCCGAUCAAAAUAUGAACGAAAGGAGUUUGUAGCUGAAAGAGAUAAUAAAUCUGAAUUUAAUGGUAUCAAAGAAGGAUAUUUCUGGAAGCGGGGUCGUGACAAUGGACAAUUCCUAUCGAGAAGAUUUGUCUUGUCAGAACAGAAUGGCACCCUGAUGUACUAUGCAAAACAUGAUGCAAAAGAACCAAAAGCUGUUAUCAAAGUAGAAAAUCUUAAUGCUUCAUUCCAGCCUGCAAAAAUAGGGAACCCAAAUGGGCUACAGAUCACAUACGUUAAGGACAACAAGACUAGGAAUAUUUUCCUUUACCAUGAAAACGGCAAGGAAAUUGUUGAGUGGUUUAAUGCACUUCGAGAAGCACAGUACAAUUACCUGAAAGUUGCAUUCCCUUGCGCUCCAAAUACUGAGAUACUACCAAAGCUGACCAGGAGUUUCAUUAAAGAAGGAUACAUGGAAAAGACUGGUCCAAGGCAAACAGAAGGUUUUAAAAAGCGCUGGUUCACAAUGGAUCACAGACGACUCAUGUACUUUAAAGACCCACUGGAUGCAUUUGCAAAAGGAGAAGUAUUUAUAGGGAGCAAAGAUCAUGGGUACAAUGUGAUCCUUGGACUUCCUCCUGGUACACAGGGAAAUUUUUCUUGGCAAUUUGGCAUCACUAUAGUAACACCAGAACGGAAUUUCUUAUUUACUUGUGAGACAGACAGUGAUCAAGCAGAAUGGUACAGUGCCUUUAAUAAAGUGGUUAAGCAGACAAUGACUCCUCAGGAUUGUGCACAGCAAGCUUACUUUAAACACAAGCCCUGAGAUGCAUACCUCAUGGAGCCCUUGAUCAUCAGGAGUCAUCCAUUUUUGCAUCUUUGAAAGAAGAACAUAAACUGAAGCCCAUGGGAAAAAAAAAGUUAUGCCAGUGUCUGUCAAGAAAGACAAAUGUACUUUCAGCUAACUAGAUGAUGUGUAUCUAGGCACAAUGUAAAAAUCUUUAACAUGAUGUUUUCCCUAAUAUUUUUAAAACUAUUUUACAAGUUCCUGGCUAGCUGUUCAAAGCAUUUGUAUUUCUUUGUUUUAUACACUGGUACAGAGAUUAUUUUUUUCCAGUGAACUCCUGUGUAAUAGUGUAUACAUGGGUUUAUGGACUAAUGUCGUAUGUUGGCCUGCAAGUGUUUAACUUUUUAAAUACCAAACAUUCAUAUGGAUUGGUGAACUUGGAUUAAUGUGCUGCUGUAAACUUGGUACUAGUGACUUUUAUACUGAUUUGGGGUACCACUCAGAAGAGAUCCAGUUGCCUUUGUUCUGUCUAGUGAAAUUAACUAUGUUUGGUAGAAAAUGUGCAGUCUUCUGAAGUGGUGAAACUGCCAAGCAUAUGAAAAUUCAGAACUAGUGUACCUAUCUGUUUUUUACUUUUUUAUCUUCUGAUAUAUUUUAACAAAACAGAGUAAAGGGAUGAAUGUGCACUGAAAAUGGAAAAUAAAUAUUAGAACUGAAAGGUGUUCAUUUUGUUUUACUGUUGAAGUAAUAACCCCUUGGGAUUUCCUACUGUGAAAGCCCUUGGUCUGCCUGAAUGUCAGAAUCUUUUCCCCUCCUCUAAGCCCAUAUGCCUUCUCCUCCAGUGUCAGGAUGCCAGUGUAUAAAGGUCGCCAACUGGUACCAUUUUCUCAGUUCUUUUUUGGUGUCAUUGUCUUGUUGACUGGUCCGAAGCCAACAUUUAGAGUUGCAGUUGAGGUAAGUAUUCCUAUUGAGAGCUUAUUUUCUUAUUAUCUGUUGUGUUGUUAAAUGCCAGUUGCCAAGAUAACGACUUGUUUAGAGUGUGGGGAAACAAAUCUUUUAUCAAGUCAUUCACAUUCUGACUUUUUUUUGCCUAUGCCCAGAGCAUGAUGUGCCCAAAUAUCCCAACUGUCCCUGCUUUAAUUCCAGAACAAUCAAACAUAAGGUGGAACUGCUAGAGAUAUAGUUCUAGAAAGAAAGGGUGCAUCAUGGGUUUGCAUGCAUUAUAGUGCCUGCCAGUCAUGCUGAGCUCAAGCUUCCUUUUUGUAAGAAGGAGAAGCAUCUGAAGCAAGAUAGGGUUGCAGAUGACAGCUAGUUGGCAUCAGUCAGUCCACCCAGGCUUGUGAUUGCCAAAGGAGGAGUCCUUUCACAGAUGGAGCAUGCAACUGAUGCACAAAUAUCAUUGGAUGGGUCCAGGAUUGUUGUGCUGGUUCUGUCUUUUGUCUCCCUUUCCAAGACUGCUGAAGGGGAAGGGCAGAAUCCCCCAUUUUAAGGAGGAAGCUUCAGCUGACUGGGCAUGAGCCACAGCCUCCCACUGCCUGGGAUGAGUACAUUCAAUGCCACAAUGAAAUCUAGGCCCAAGGCCAAAUUAAAGAAGGCUGCAUCCAGCUGACAUCAACCUAGGCCUUCUGGGUCUCAGUGUCACCAGACUUACAUACAGGACCUUAUCACAGAUCUCAUGGAUAUUGUGAGAUCCAGAUAAGCUUAGCCAUAGCAGGACCCCUGCUAUACAGUCUUUUCCUGGCAAAGGAAAGAGGAGUUCUGCCCCUCCCACCCCAAGUCUUGUGAUUCUUAUGAUUCUGAUUAGGAUGAGUUGACAUAUAUAGACCAUAUUUCCUCUGGAUCAUAUGCUGAUUCAGUGCCAGUUGCAAAUUUUGCCUCAGCCUCACCAAUUCUCCAUUUAGGGAGACGCAGGUGGUGUAUUUACAUCUCAAGGAGGCCAAAGGAAGCACUAUAUAUAUAUAUAUAUAUAUAUAUAUAAGUCCUUGCCAACUGAGAAAGAGAGCUUGACUCUGGAUGUAUUUGGCAAGAAAGCAUGCACUUCAGCCACUGUGGCCAUGAGAGUUCUCAAUUGGCAUUUCCAUUUGGUUACAUUUCAGGAAAUUCUCCUGGGCCAGAUGAAGAAAAAGCUGGAGGGGAGAGUGGGUAAAGCUCUAGCCAAAGAAUUAUGGGAUCUCUGCAGCUCUUGCUCUUAAGUUGCAAAACAUUCCAUUGUACUGUGGAUUUAAUGAUUUAGAUGCAUCUAGCAAAGCAGAUACUUCUGGGUCUGUUAUCGGGAGGCAUGCUUGGAUAAGAGAACAGUCCCUUUGUGGGGAUAUUUACAUCUGAAAUCUUGGAUGUUAAUCUUGACCUUGUAGACCCAAGGCACAAGCUAUUUUCCAAAAAAGUAAGACAAAACCAAGUCCCUGCAGACUGUAAAGGACUUUGUGUAGGUUCAUCCACCAAGGUUUAGUAGGAAUUGCUGCCUCACAAUCUAGGUAAAGAGGGAGGAGGAGGAGCAGGAGGGACAAGCAACAAAAAAAUCAAAUAAUAUGGGAAGUAGAUCGAGGAACAAGGCCUAAUGUACCCUGGCUCCAGGGGCCCAGCAGGAAACAAGCA